AAGGAGGCAGCCUCGUGCCCUUGCAGUGGAUCAUUGGUUGGAGCCACAGGGAAGGGGAGGGGCCUCAUUGCCACUGUUUCUGUAGAGAGAGAGGCAGAGAGAGAGAGAGAGAGAGAGACAGCAAAGUAGGAUAAAUGAACAUGGGGGGUUCUCCCAGCAUCGGUAUGCCUGCCUACCUCAUUUCCACUCCAGACAUAGUUGCUGCUCCUCUGGACAGAAAUAACAGCUGAGGUGUGUUUUGUAUCUGUGUGUUUUUAAAUAUCAGUCACCCCGCGCACUGCCUUCAUCCUCUCAGCUCACGGCAGUCUACUGUGAUCUUACUGCGAAGGACCAGACAGAAACUGAGACGAGAGCAAGCGGACAUGGAAGUGUGGUGAAAAGGGGGUGACGGAGAGGCAAGAAACAAGAGGAAAAAGAAGAAGAAACAGGAAAGAGAAGCAGUAGGACAGAGGACAGAAUGAAAAGGAGAAAUUAUGCUUAAUGUCUCCUUCCCUCAAUUUAUAUACGUAACACAUUACACAAUAAUGUCUUUUUACUGGAAGCUGUGUCUGUUACUCUGUGGACUAUAGACAGAUAAGAGAGAGCUUCAGUCUGUGCUCUCUGCAGCUACAGCAGAUGUUGAAGACAUCUCUUGACUUUAUCGGCAGCGGAGGCAUUUCAAGCAUAGAUUGGACUGGAAUUCCUUUAAACAAAAGUCACAUUUCUUUCUUCCUUUUUUUCUUUUUGUGCCUUCAGCUGUGAAGUUUGCUUUACUGGAAAAGAAGAAAAGGAAUACACCCUUUUCUUUUUGUGUGUUAAUCUGUUUUUACCCUGGUGGUUUUGUAUCUUUACAUAAAACCACAACUGCCUGCAUUGAGGACAAACCCAGGGGGCUUCCUCACCAUUCUCUGUCCUUUCCAUCCCUCCUGCAUUUGAAAUGGCAGAUGGCGACAGUCUCAUCAUGGAACCGCAGCAUGGAGCCUUUUAUUUGGACUGAAACCAUACAGCUACUUUCAGAACCAGUCAGCUACCUGACAAAAUAGUGGGUUCUUUGGUUUGUCGUACCCUUAAAGGGCCCUUCAGACACGUAUUUCUGCCCAAGAUGAUGAAUUCCUCCCUGGAUCCACUGAACCAGAGCUCUGCUGACCAGACAAACUUAUCUACUCCCUUCUGCCUGCUUGAGAUAGGCUAUUCCCAAAUUUUCUCCACCUGCCUCCUUGAAGUCUCCAUCAUACUUCUUCUCACUGUUCUCAUUAUUUCCGGCAACCUGGUGGUGAUUUUUGUGUUUCACUGUGCCCCCUUGCUUAGCCAGCAUACCACCAGUGCUUUCAUACAAACGAUGGCAUAUGCUGAUCUGCUGGUGGGGGUCAGCUGCCUGUUUCCCUCCCUGUCCCUCCUCCAUCACCUCCAGAGCCUCGACCCCAAACUCACCUGCCAGGUGUUCGGGUACAUGGUGUCCGUUUUGAAAUCAGUUUCAAUGGCUUCGUUAGCGUGUGUGAGUGUAGACCGUUACAUUGCCAUCACACGACCUCUGACUUACGCAUCCCUAGUAACACCUUGUCGAGUGCGCUGCUGCAUCGUUCUAAUAUGGUUGUACUCUGCUCUGGUGUUUCUCCCAUCUUUUCUCGGGUGGGGGAAACCUGGUUACCACGGCGAUGUGGUGGAGUGGUGCGCCGUUGAGUGGAGGACUCGUCCGGCUUUCACAACCUUUAUUGUUGCAAUGCUGUAUGCCCCAGCUGCUCUCACUGUCUGCUUCACCUACGCUAACAUCUUCAAGAUCUGCCGACAGCACACCAGAGAGAUCAGCGAACGCCAUGCACGUUACCGACCCCAACAGCUGCAGGGCCCAGGAUUGACAAUGGUCAAGGACAACAGUGCAACAGAGCAAGGGCAGUUGCCUCACUUGUCCCAACCACAAAAAUCCCAACCACAGUAUCAGCAACCCACAUCAACAUACCCAGACAAGCGAUACGCUAUGGUACUGUUCCGCAUUACAAGCGUGUUUUAUAUCCUCUGGUUGCCCUACAUCCUCUACUUUCUGUUGGAGAGUGGAGGGAUCUACCAUCACCCUGCAGCCUCAUUCCUAACCACAUGGUUGGCCAUCAGCAACAGCUUCUGUAACUGUCUCAUCUACAGCCUCUCCAACUCUGCCUUCAGGAAGGGCCUCAAACGCCUCUGCUCCUUCUGUUUACAGCGCAGUGGCAGUGGCUUUGGGGUUAGGAACACCAAAAAGGCUUUUAUUGGUUCUGUUGAAAAAGGAUGUGCAGGCCCGGGGUAUGGAUAUGGUCAUGGGGAAAUGGGAAUUGGCACAACAUGUCAUGUGUAGGGCACACACAGAGUAAACCCUUGUGCCAAAUUGGCAUUUGAACUUUUUAAAAGAUGUCUGAUGUGAUUGCUAUAAGAUGUCUCCUCUUUUAAGCUAAAAUGUGCUGUAAAGAGAUGGAAGGAGGCGUUGAUCUGCCGCUGCUGCUGCUUCUGUCGCAUUUGGAGGUUAUACAGGCGUCCUCUCUGCAUACGCCACAGCUGGCAAAGACAGAGAAAGGGAGUCAAGAGCAAAUCACCGAAGGAGAAAAGGCCUAAAUAGCCCCGCAAGGUGUUUUAAAAUAGUCAAGGAAACCCAGCAUACUGUACUGUAUAUGGACAGGGGUGAUAUAUGAAAGGGGUUGCAAAGGAGGCGAAAACGGUGUCUGAAAAUCUCUGGAGAAGUGAACUCUUUUGAGUUUGAACAUUUUUAUCUAUUAGUUUUCUUUUAUGGGAAGUGAAUUCUUAACUUAUUUUGCCAAAACAACAAAACGUUACAAGAAAAGUGUUCUGAAAAACUGUAUGUGCAGUAUGUGAAACAAUGUGACCUCUGUUGCCCGAUUAUUAGCACAGUAUGAGUUGAAUGCAAAAAAAAAAAAAGAGAUGAAUGCAAACAGAACAACAGUUGACUGCUGUGUUUUAGUAAUGUCGUGCUGAGGUGAACUACCAAUAGCAAGCUCUUUAAAUAUGUUUUUACGUGCUCUUACCCCCUCAGUAUUUGAAUACUAAAAGUGACGCAACAGUGUGUUUGUGCAUUGUGUAUUUGUCUUGUCUCUUGUUGUUGACUGAUUGAUUGAGUCAGUCAAAAAGAAAUGGAAGAAAUUAUGUAGGUUUAGAUGCAGUACACGUCAUUUUACAGUUUGUUUGCAUUGACUGAAGUGAUUAUGGUUUGUCAGCAUCAAGAUAUCUAUUCGUAAACUUUGAAAUUUUAAAUUAUUUAUUGAUGUUGUUGUACAACACAAAACGUUAUGUCUUUAACUAAGUCGUGGGUUCACACAUUGAUAUAUGAUAUGAGUUGCUGCCCAGCUUUGGUGUACGACAAAAAGCAAACACAAUUUUUAGUGAAUUUGUCUUUUAUUUUUUCAGUUACAUAGCUCCUUUGGUGUUUGGAUUAUGUGUGUCCAAGGUAAAGCAAGACCGGUAAAACCAUUAAGCAGUUAGAUGAAUGACCCUUGAACUGUGAUCCUUACCCCUUGUUUUUGGGAUUGGCAGAGAGGAAUAGUCGUUAAUGUGUGAUUGUGGAAAUUUUACAUUUACAUAUUCUUGCAAAUAAUUACCUUGUUACAAACCUAGGUGUAUGCUGCAUUGUGCCUGCAUUCGGGGACUAGUACAUGCACACACACACACACACACACACACACACACACACACACACACACACACACACACACACACACACACACACACACACACAGGAGGAUCGCAUGUAAACAGAACAGACAAAUAGCCCAUUCACUCUGCCUGCAGGCUAGAGUGGCACCAUGAAGAGGGACUGACCCAUGAACUCCCUGGGAAUUGCAGUUGCCUUGCAUGCAGCAUGUGUGUGUGUGUGUGUGUGUGUGUGUGUGUGUGUGUGUGUGUGUGUGUGUGUGUGUGUGUGUGUGUGUGUGUGUGUGUGUGUGUGUGUGUGUGUGUGCGUGUGUGCGUGUCUGUGUGCAUGCACGUGUUGUAGUCUGUUUCCGUCAUCUUGUCCCCAUGUGUAGCUGUGUGGGUUCUUUUCAGACUUAACUUAACUGAUAUUUAAUACUAACUAAUCAAGACCAAUAAAUAAGCCUAAAUGAAUCCAAGUGUACAUACUGUCAUACACUCAAACGUUGUGAAAAAUGAUCUGUUUUCAACCAUUGAGACUCAUGUCACAGUUGAUUUAGGUGCAGAUAAUCUAGCUUUACAUACUUUAUCUAAUCUACCAAAGAAAGUUCAUCAGAUAAUCUUGGUUUAUAUUUUUUCUAAAUGUAAAUAUUUAGUAAAAUGCAAGUUGGUUUUACACAAAGUUUGUGUAGGUCCAUUGCACUAUGUUGGCUCAAUGAUGCCUUAUGUGCAUGAAUAUGACUGUUUCUCAGUUUAUAGUGAUAUAUUGUUGCCUUGAUAUACAAAUGAAAAUGAACUGUUACAUAUAGGGAGGGCUCAAUUUAUAGACACGCGACUGUUUUUAGAGGGGAUGGCACAGACUGGAAAUUGUGCAUGUAGAAAAUGCAUGUGCAGAGAUGAAAAUGCACAUUAGCCAGCCUUGAUUCCACAUUCAGUAUGGAAUAACACCAUUUGUUGUAAAGUAAUUCAAAAAUGGGACUGUUAAUUCAGCUACUUGUCAAAAAUUCUUAAUUUCCAAUCAUUGUUCCUCUCUUCUGUAAAACUGAAAAUAACCAGGAGCAAACACAUGACUCAGAACUGUUAAUUUUUUUUUGCAUAUAUUUGUGUGUGCAUAGGUGUGUCUGAUUGUGUGUGCAGGUAUGUUAGGAUGCGACCACUGGCUGAAUUGGACUGUUUACAGUAUUCUAGCAAGGGUGCAAACAGAGUUAUCACCUUUUUAAUGCUUUAUUAGCUGCACAUCUCUCCCCUCGAGUUUACUGUAUUUUGUGGGUGUAUGUGAGUAUGUUGUACAAUGGUGGUAGAUAGAUUCACAUGUUGUCUUUAAGUGUUUUGACUGUCAUCUGUGAAGCAUUGCCAAAUAUUGUAAUCUUUCCUAUUUGUACCUUCUUUUGCUCAGAAAUGGCGUGUACAGUAAUGGCGUGUACAGUAAUGGCGUAUUGAAUGUCCGAUUGUCAAACUACAGAAAUUUAUUUUUGUUAAAUUACUUAGUUUUUAGUUUAGUUCUUAGUAAUUACAAGUUUUUUCUCUUGAAGUGAUAAAUGUUUCAGAUUCUAAGUAGGUGAAAUGACUGAAGUUGUGUCUUUAUGAAGAUGCAUUUUAUUUUACUUGGACAGCUCACCACAAAAAAGAUAUUAUUUCCCACAGCAGUUAAUGGUACAAUUCCUCAGAAAUGUGUAAGAUUGAGGGCAAAGUGUCUUGGGAAAUCAUUAUGCCAAAACAUGCUCACAUUAGCGUUCACACACACAUUCCCUUUUUCCUGUGGGAAAACAAUGGGCUCUCACGUUCUUAAGGGAACAACGCCCGGGUGGUGGCUGUGUGGAGGUACAGUGCCAUGUUGGGUAGGAUUAGAGAGAACAAGACAGAAUAUGGACACUAGGGCUGGUUUUGGAAGCCAUUUGUAGGUUAAAUGUAGCCUUCUGCUAUGAGAGGAAAAUAAUUGUUGAUGGGGUACAAUAAUGAGUGAAUGCAUACUACAGAAACAAUUGAUCAUUAAUAAUGAGUAAAAAACUGGAAGGCCACCUGCAGAUAGGGAUUUUCUGGUAUGAAAAUGUAAAUAAAAUAUGCAAUAGGUGCAAAGAAGGAAGAUUUAAAAUGGUUCCUAGCUUCCAAAGCUUCUGUCUAUAUUGUGUUUCCAGAGUUGUUAAAUUAUACUUCAUAAUUACGUCAUUUUACUUAAUUUUAACCACUUUACAAGUUAUCCAGAAACAUUAAAGGGUGGCUGCUGCUUCUUCAUCUUCCUCUUCUGGCAUCUUACGCAAACAGCUUUAGGUGCAUUGCCACUUUCUGGUCUGGAACUACCCAGAUGUGUAUUUGUCUUGGGAACAAGCGAGUUCUUAUGUAGCUAUGUAAUGAAGUUGCAUACUGUAUAUGUGGCUCAAUGUAAAUAAAAGUGUAUAAACUGAACACAUGAA